UUCCUCUCUGGCAUUCUUCCUCUUCUCCUUCCAAGUUCACGGAAACUCAAUCAUCCUGCCUGCCUUGCCAAGUAUGCCUACUACUGAAUGACCUCCCUCUGCCAGCCAUCUGGUUUUUACAGGCCUCCCAGUUCACUAUGCUGCCAUUGUUACUGAAGGAUGGUCUGUUGGUGCCGUACGUGGUCACCUCCCUGGCCUUCCUGUUCGUCAGCGUAUACCUGCUUUUCCGCCUGGAGCAUUGCUCAGAAGACGAGCUGCGUCUGGGGCCCUACCACCGCCCCAUCCGUAUGCCCAGCAUGGACCUCGGGAAGGGUCACCAAGUGGAAAGCAACCUCCGAGACGUCUCUCCGCCUCACGACUGACAGCUUGGGUUCUAUAUUCAUCAACCGGCCAUCUCCGAGGAAGAGGAGAGAGUAGCUAUUCCAGUUGCCGUCGGUAACCUACAGGAGGAUAUCAGAGAGGAAAACAUGAGCGUAACCCUGCUGUCUGUCACACAGUAAUAUCACCACGUUGAGAUAAAGUUGUAAGCUCUAUUAUACUCUUGAGKUUUUUUUUAACCUUUUAUAAGGCCAUUAAUGAUUUCAUAAAAUCAGAGGAGCUGCCAGACAAUACCUGUAGAGAACAAAAUGUUAUUAGAUACUACUUCACAUUUAGAGAUUAAAUACAGUUACUGCUUUCAGAGGAAAAUUACAAUUGACACUGCAACUCACAUCCCAAACGGACAAAUCUGAGGGCCCAAGUGGUUGGAUUUAGCAGCGAGAUAAAUAUCUUCAUUUUUAGUUUUUAAAUACUCACCUAAUUGACUACAGUUUUUACAAUAAAAUCAAAUCAUAAUUCUCUUUCACUGGAGAAUUGGAAAAUACAACGACUUAGUCUGUGUCAGAAAUCAUGUCUGAAGGAGUGCGUAGUCUGAAGCCUCUGGGGGGCGAUCGAACUAAAGGCUGCAGCUCUGCAGCCAGGCUUAAGUUUCACUAAAAUAGCCUCUAAAAUAAUAUACAGCUCUGCUCGUUUUUGCAGCUGUGUUUAAUCAAAAAGCAUAAAACUCCUCCCAAACAGGUGGCAUGGGUCUGAGGAGGAGGAGAGAGGAUUGAUGUGGCAGAUAGUGGUGAAGCCUGGGCCUUAUCCCUGGCCCUGGAACACCAGCCCAUCUCAUCGCUUUUAUUACAUUUAAGGAAUCCUUUCUUUAAUACACCCCAUUACUGCUGACAUACAAAUCUUCCCCAACAUGGACCCAUCUAUGGCCUGAUCAAUUUUUAUACUGCUGAGCCGUCCCCUUCUCAUUUUGUCAUCUGAAAAUUCAUAUUAUAUAGGGUUUUCUUAUGGGAAAAUGGCAGUAAAAAUCGGUUACUGCCCAGAAGAUGUCCACACGUUGGUGGGUUGCCCGUGACUAAAUAUUUCUGAGAAACUAAAAUGUGUUUCUGUAGUAAGCAGAACUGUUUAAAUGUUAUUUAUUUCUAUCCUCCUAAGAAAAUAUAUUGUGAAGUGCAACAUCGAUUUUGAACAUAACAAAGUCUCUGUAUGGGUUGGAGGGGGAGAAUUUAUUCAUCCUUUGCACAACUCCUUUAAUUGAAUUUUCCAAAUCUAACCACACACAAAUAAUCAAUACCUUCUGCUGAGGGGAACUUAUCUCACAAUGAUUAUGGCCUUCUCUUUUCAAUUAUGUAGUUAUCAGCACAUACAGUACAGGCAGGUGUCCUUCCUCCUGGUGUAUUUGUUAAAGACUAGGCAAAGCCUGAAUGCUCACGAAAAGUGACUUCUCCAGAAUGCUUACGAAACUUUCUUUAACCUGAAAAGAAUGGCCGUAAGCGCUUCUCAACACCACGGCCGGGCACUUUGAAGAAAGAAUAUAAAGUGAAGUGAAGUGGCUUCAGAGGUUUGGCCAUCAAUGCUCAAAUAUCCUUGUCGAUUGACUCAGCUGCCUUGGCAGUAUGUAUGUCCUGCCCUGGCACUGAGCUGCUUGAGGCUUUGCUUGGCCCCUAAGACAGUGUCAGGGUUACAGUCCAGAUCUAAGAGCUUGUGUCAUCUCCACACGGCUCAGGUAACACCGAGGUGACUCUUCGUCUCCAGGGCUGGCUAGGGUUCUCUGUAACACUGUAGAUAUACACUGAGUAUAUCAAACAUAUACUUAUUCCUAAUAUUGAGUUG